AUGUUUGUGGCGACUCAAGACCAUCAGGAAGAGUUUUAUUAAUUUAAGUUUCCUCUGCAAAUCACAUGUGUUUGGUAAUUAAUUCAAACACAAAUCCCAUUUGGCGCACCAACAAGCUAAAUGAGACGAACGCUCAGGUAUUUACCCUCCGUAGGAGGAAAUAGAAUCUUCAAUGAUACGUCUGGUGUGGUUAAUACAUUUGAAGUAGAAAAUAGAGGCUUAUAGCUGAAAAUGAAAAAUCUUCACUCGGGCAAUGAGCUCUCUGCUGCUGUCCAACUGCACCAUGAAGGACUGUGAAUCCGUUCUCCACUACUCCGCACCAGGCAAGGCCAGCGUCCAGUUCUCCUCCGCUCUCCACUCCCAACCCAAGUCCCAGACGUUCAGCCUACAGUCAGGGCCACACCUGCUGGCCAGCAUGCAGCUUCAGAAGCUCAACAGCCACUACCAGAACCUGACGGUGGCCUCCACCCCCGGUAGUGGACCCACCCGGGGCUGCAGCACAGUGUCCGCAGGUGCCGGGCAGCCGAUCUCCGCGGGCACGGGCCAAUCUCCCAGCAUUUUUGAUUCUGACCCUGUGGAUGAAGAGGUCCUGAUGUCCCUGGUGGUCGAGCUGGGCUUGGAUCAGGCUAACGAGCUGCCGGAGUUAUGGUUGGGCCAGAACGAGUUUGACUUCAUUUCCGACGUUUCUGCCGGCCGCUGACCAGCUAUGACGCACACUAACACAGCAUUUAAGGAAUACAGAAUCCUUUUUCUUUGAAGUGUCUUUUUGUGACCAGGGCUUGUGCUGGCCUUGACAGAGCCUCCCUCUGCAUUGUAAAGCCGUUUCUCCUUAUUUUAAGUUCAAGGUGACGCUCGGAUAACUUGGUGGUCUUGUGAACUUUGGAAUCUCGCCAUGACUUGACGUUGCCUUCAAGCUGAAAAGCCAAAGGGAGGAUUGCAAACUACUUUAUUUGACAACCUGUUUGGUUUAUUUUCUUUGGAUUUAGUGUUUUUUGUUUUUUUUUUUAAUUAUUAAAAAUCUAUCUACGGCUCAGAGUCUCUCCUAUGUUGAAUAUGCAAGGUUUUCCAGCAAACUGACUGAAAACAGACUCUUUGACAUUUUUUCAGCUAAGUCGAGGAGGCAGCUCUACAAAUAGCCUUUUGACGACAAACUGCUUCACCUGACCCCCUGGUCUGGAUGGCCGCAGUUCUUUCUUCCCGGGCCUUAUUGUGGCAGGCAGUGUGCUGUUACAGCCCAGUAACUGAAGGAGACCCUGAAUGCAGGCCUGUCCUGAAUGCAGGCCUGUCCCGGCUUGGUCCCGUCCACCACUGUCCAGCUCCGCCCCCUCAGUGUGUGAUCAGAGCGAUCUGAUCUGUAAGGAAACAUGGCUAUUUUUUAUAACAAAAGCUUUAUGUGGCUAGUGGGUUAAUUUUUCCUGCUUUCUCUGAGAAUAAUUUUGGUAUAAGCUGCCUUUAAAUGUGUAUAUAUGAGAAUUGUCAAAGACCUUUUUGGAAAGGUAAAAAAUGACAAAGCAUUGCAGGUUUCAUGUUGAGUUUUGGUGCUGGAUCUCUAUAAAAGCUUUGGACUAACGUACGGCUGAAGUCUCCCCACCUUCAGUUUUCAGCAACAUCACCUUUUCGGAGGGGGUUGUAAACACACGCUGGGGGAACACUUUUUUUUUUUUUCUGGACAGAUGUUGGAAAAACAUCAAGCUGCUGUAGUUGCUGGAUGGGAACGGGAAGGCCUCCAUUGGAAAGCAAGCCUGUGAAGUCAUGUUUGCAUCUAGUAAAUAUAAACCUUUUGUUAAACCGUUAAUCUGUUUAUCAUUUCAAUCCAGAUCUUUGUUUUUCUAAGCACUUAUGGUCCACAGUCAAGGACACAACCAUACAAUUGUAUAUUUUUUCUGCACAUUUUGAAAUAAAUUCUGGAAUGAAA